AUGGCGAACCGUGGAGCGGAGGAUCUCAAACAAAGUGUUUCGAAAGCUCUCAUAUUCGGAGAUGCCCCAGACAGUCCGGAAGCAAUCGAGAGCCACCCUGGCGAGGGCCUUGGCUCAGGAGCUGCAUCUUCUUCCAACAAGCCCGGAGACGACGAUGACUUCGAAAAUGCAGCAGACUUCAAGCGGAGACUAAUAAAUUGGAUUGGACAGAUGAUGUUCGUGAGUGGUGAAACAGCAGAGCCGAGCGCAGAGACUACUUGGAUGAUCGAAGAAAUCGUAAGAGAGCAGGUUAUUGAGAUGCUGACACAAGCAACUGCACUUGCAAACCGCCGAGGUUCUAAGACCAUCUCAAUCGCCGACCUCAUCUUCCAGAUUCGCCACGACAGGGCCAAAGUCUCCAGACUCAAGACUUUCCUUUCGUGGAAGGAUGUCCGCAAGAAUGUAAAGGAUUCGGACGACAAAGGUGGAGGCGACGCUGCUGAAGUUGGCGAUUUCGACGAGGCCUCCGGAGGCGUCAACCCAUCGGCUCCGCAAAAGCCCACCGCAAACAAGAAGGCGAAACUCGUCCUGCCAUGGGAGAUCCAAUCGUUUUACGCCGAACAAGUGCCUGAAAGAGACGAUGAAGAAGACGAAGAGGAAGAGGAGCAGAAUGAAGCCACCCUCGCCCGCCUUGCCUCUGCCGACGAACGCACCAAGAACAUGACCAAGGAUGAAUAUGUCUACUGGUCUGACUGUCGUCAAGCGAGCUUCACCUUCCGCAAGGGCAAGCGAUUUCGCGAAUGGGCCGGGUUUGGUACGAUCAUUGACAACAGACCUAAUGACGAUGCUGUCGAUAUUCUCGGCUUCUUAACAUUCGAGAUCGUUCAGACUCUGACGGAGGAAGCGCUGAAGGUCAAAGCCGCUGAGGAUCUGGCCAACAACAAAUUGAACGGCGGCAGAGGAGAUCAGGACACGUCGAAGAAACGUAAGAGGGAGGGUUGCAGUCUAUUUGAGAUGCCCGAGGAAGGGAGGACACCGAUCGAGCCCAAGCACGUCAGAGAGGCGUUCCGAAGACUCCAGACGGUGCCAAACAAGUACAAGUUCAUGAGACAAGGCUUCGCUGGGAUGAGGACACCAUUGAGGCUGAUUUGA